CUCCUGGGUUUGGCCCCGCCUCUUCACUCUUUCAUUCGCCUGCCUCUGAACAGCUCCCGGUAAAAGUACGUCUGGACACUUUCAACUCGGAUAUGUGAGGAGAAAAGUGUUGAAAAAAAAGUAUAUAGUUUGAGCUGUGUGCAUUCCUUAUCGGUGGACUGACAAAUAUACGAUUAAAACCAACAGUGAACGAAGCGGAGGAAAACACCCAAAAGUGGAAGAGUCUGAAAGUCUGUUUAACGCCAAACUUCCCUUGGCGUCCUAUUACGGGGAUUUAAGAAAACUAUGCAGGCAGACUGGAUUAUGGAUUAUGAAGAACGCACACAAUUGUAUAGAUUGCGCUGAAUAACUGCGAGAAUACACCCACUUUCAUGCACCUUUGCUAAAUCCAUCUCAUCUCAUCUCAUCUGCUCGCACCCUUGUGUUUCGCACUAACAGACGGCUAAAAGAUGUUGUCUAGGCUGAGCGAGUGGUUCUGGAACGAGAGGCUGUGGUUUCCAGAAGGACUGGGUUGGGCUGACCUGGAGGAUCGUGACGGUCUCACCUACUCCAAGGCAUCCGACCUGUGGGUGACCCUGCCCAUUGCCCUCGCCUUCCUCAUCAUACGACAGAUCUUUGAGAGGACAGUGGCCACUCAACUGGCCGCAGCUUUGGGCGUAAAGGAGAAAGUCAGAGUGAAAGCGGCGCACAACCUCACGCUGGAGUCGUACUUCAGAAUUACAAGUAAAAAUCCCAAACAGAGCGAAAUCGAGAGUUUAGGUAAAAAGACCGGGUACUCAGAAAGUCAGAUCCACAGAUGGUUCAGGCGACGAAGGAAUGAAGAGCGACCCAACAAGCUGAAGAAGUUCAGAGAGGCCAGUUGGAGAUUUACCUUUUACCUUCUUGCUUUCAUUGCUGGCCUUGCUGCACUCAUUGAUAAACCUUGGCUCUACAAAAUGAAGGAGAUGUGGGCAGGGUUUCCAAUGCUGCCACUGCUGCCUUCUCAGUACUGGUACUACAUGAUUGAACUAGGCUUUUACAUGUCCCUCCUCUUCAGCGUCGCAUCAGACGUCAAGCGAAAAGACUUUAAAGAACAAAUAGUGCACCAUGUUGCCACCAUCCUGCUGAUUAGUUUCUCCUGGUGUGUGAACUACAUCAGAGCAGGAACCCUCAUUAUGCUGGUGCACGACGCCUCCGACUAUCUGCUGGAGUCUGCCAAAAUGUUUAACUACGCCGGCUGGAGAAAAGCGUGCAACUACAUAUUCAUCAUAUUUGCUGUCAUCUUCAUCAUCACCAGACUCGUCAUCUUCCCAUUUUGGAUUUUGCAUUGUACUUUGGUGUAUCCAGUGACCGUUUAUCCUCCGUUCUUUGGAUAUUACUUCUUUAAUGGGCUGCUGUUUGUGCUGCAGUGUCUGCACAUCUUCUGGGCCGUGCUCAUUCUGCAUAUGGCCAUCAAAUUCUUGCCAGGCAAUAAUAUUGUGGAGGAUGAGAGGAGUGACCGAGAAGAAACAGACACUGAGGACGAUGAGGAAGAACAGGAGGACAGGAAAGCGCCAAUGAAAAAUGGACCAGUGCAGAACGGCCACUCUCCUCUAAACAACAACCAUCACCGCAAGACCGAGUGAUACUAGCAGAGACGAGAGAAGGAGGUACAACACUCCCCUUCCUGUACACACGGACGAGACCAACAAACUAACGCCAGGGGUGUUUGAUGGAUUGAAAAGACCCAGAGCAAACACACACUCACAAUACAUGUAGAGAGAGAUAUAUA